GUGUCCAUCACGGGCCUGCAGGACUGCGUGCAGCUCAAUCAGUACACGCUGAAGGAUGAGAUUGGGAAGGGCUCCUACGGUGUGGUCAAACUGGCCUACAACGAGAGCGACAACACCUACUACGCCAUGAAGGUGCUGUCUAAGAAGAAGCUGAUCCGGCAGGCUGGCUUCCCCCGUCGCCCCCCACCCCGGGGCACCCGUCCAUCCCUGGGUGGCUGCGUCCAGCCCCGGGGCCCCAUUGAGCAGGUGUACCAGGAAAUUGCCAUCCUCAAGAAGCUGGACCACCCCAAUGUGGUGAAGCUGGUGGAGGUCCUGGAUGACCCCAAUGAAGACCAUCUGUACAUGGUGUUUGAACUGGUCAACCAGGGGCCUGUGAUGGAAGUGCCCACCCUCAAGCCGCUCUCUGAGGACCAGGCCCGCUUCUAUUUCCAGGAUCUGAUCAAAGGCAUCGAGUACCUACACUACCAGAAGAUCAUCCACCGAGACAUCAAGCCCUCCAACCUGCUGGUGGGAGACGAUGGCCAUAUCAAGAUUGCUGACUUUGGUGUCAGCAAUGAGUUCAAGGGCAGUGAUGCUCUCCUGUCCAACACCGUGGGCACGCCCGCCUUCAUGGCGCCCGAGUCACUCUCGGAGACCCGCAAGAUCUUCUCUGGGAAGGCCUUGGAUGUGUGGGCCAUGGGUGUGACACUGUACUGCUUUGUCUUUGGCCAGUGCCCAUUCAUGGACGAGCGGAUCAUGUGUCUGCACAGUAAGAUCAAGAGUCAGGCCCUGGAAUUCCCCGAACAGCCUGACAUAGCAGAGGAUGUGAAGGACCUGAUCACCCGUAUGCUGGAUAAGAACCCCGAGUCGAGGAUUGUGGUCCCGGAUAUCAAGCUGCACCCCUGGGUCACGAGGCACGGGGCCGAACCACUGCCAUCGGAGGACGAGAACUGCACACUGGUCGAGGUGACCGAAGAGGAGGUCGAGAAUUCGGUCAAACACAUCCCCAGCCUGGCGACCGUGAUCCUGGUGAAGACCAUGAUCCGGAAGCGCUCCUUCGGGAACCCUUUCGAGGGCAGCCGGCGGGAGGAGCGCUCGCAGUCGGCCCCCGGGAACCUGCUCAGCAAAAAACCACCCAGGGAGUGGGAGCCCCUGUCUGAGCCCAAGGAAGCAAAGCAGCGAAGACAGCCCUCGGGGUCCAGACCUGGCCCCCGCGGGGGAGGAGGAAGCGCUCGAGUGAGAGGUGGGCCCUGCGCCGGCUCCCCUGCGCGCCUGCGUUGCCAGCGGCCCCCAGAAACCUUACUGAGUGCCUCGUGGUACUCAGGACUGCAGACACCUGUGGCUUCUCUGGAGCAAGAAGAAAGCCACGCCGACAGCAGGUCGGGUACCCCAGGCCAGCGUAACGCCGUCAGUGGUCCUGGUCAGGGCCGGUCCUGCGUGCGCUGGUCCGUGCGGUGUGGAGAGGAGCAGAACGCACUGCCAGGCCUGGGCCUCGGUGGGGUGGGCGUGGAGCAGCACAGCUCUGGCAGCAGGGGAGGGGAGGGGAGCCUGUCCCAUGGGCCGCACUCGCUGUGUGACCCUUCACCCCAGGGCCGACUGGCCUGA